AUGCGGCUUACGAUCGCACGCCAGCUGCAGGUGCUGAUCCGGCGGCCGGCUCCCGCAUGGACGUGGCCGUUUUCGUCGGCCGCUGCCGCGCCCUUUGUCACCUCGGCCUGCCGGGCGAUCAAGCCCAUGCCGCCUCGGCCGCCGCCGCCGCCGGAAGACGAGAUCGAGGAGAUGUUUGUCAAGGGGACAGGACCAGGCGGACAAAAGAUUAACAAAACCAACUCGGCCGUCCAGCUGAUACAUCGGCCCACCGGCAUCGUGGUCAAGUCGCAGGCGACACGGUCGCGGUCGCAGAACCGCACGAUUGCGCGACAGGUUCUGGCCGCCCGGCUGGACGAGCUGCACAACGGCAGCCAGAGCCGUACCGCCAUCGUGGCCGACUCCAAGCGCCGGAAAAAGGCGAGCGCAUCCAAGAAGAGUCGCCGCAAGUACCGCCACACAAAUGCAUAG